UUUAAAUUUAACUAAUGUUCUGGUAUGAAGUGGAGGUAGAGUGUUAAUUUCUAUACAAAACUAUUAACAAUUAUAUAUUUUAUAGAUUGAUAUAAAUACAUGAACAUGUCACAAGAAUAAUAAUUAUCUGAGAAAUAUUUCUGAUCAACCAUUUUCAAGCUUCUUCUUGUUAAACACUCUUGCAAUCCAAACAAUUUAAGUCAAAGCCUCUUCUUGUAACCAUCGGAAAAAAGAAAGAAAAGUCCCCAAUCUCUUCUUCAAGAAAUCUUUGCAUCCUAUCUGUUUCUGUCUUUUAAGCAUUAACGAAAGAAAGAACACCAUGAUUCUGGGAAGACUUUCAAUGGGAGAGAUGAUCAUGUUCUUGAUUCCUUCGUCACUCCUUUUCUACUUCUUCUUUCGUAUGAUUAAAUCUUCUAAAGAGAAACCACUUCCACCAGGUCCAUAUCCAUGGCCAAUCGUAGGCAACCUUUUCCAAAUGAGAAAGAAAGCACAUAUUCGUCUUGCGGAGAUGGCUCAAGUGCAUGGACCACUCAUUUCACUACGUCUAGGUCAACGAAUUGUCAUUGUCGGGUCGUCAUCUGCUGCAGCUUCUGAGAUUCUCAAGACCCAUGAUCAUGUGCUUUCGGGUCGACAUGUACCAGUAUUGCUUCGAGAUAAGGAAUCAACUGUUCACAAUAUGAAUCUUGCCUUCACCUCAGAAACCGGUGAUGGUUGGAGAAAAAUCCGAAAUCUCUAUACAUCACAGAUUUUUUCAAGCAAAGCUCUUGAAUCUCGAGCGAACAUGAGACUAGAAAAAGUUAUGGAGAUGGUGAAGUACAUAGCUUCAAAAAGUGGUGAGAAUAUAAGUAUAAAGGAUGUCAUGCUUGUAACAGCUACUAACAUCAUGGGCAAUAUAUCAUUAUCCAUGGAUCUUGUAGACUUCGAAGGCAAUGGUAUUGGUGCAAAGAUUAACGACGCUUUAAGAAGAUUUUCUUCGUUGGGUGCACAACCACAGUUAGCCGACUUGUAUCCAAUAUUUGGUCGAUGGGAUAUACAAAGCUGGAAGAAGAAGUUCAUGCAGAUUGUAGAACAAGAACUUGGAACUAUUUGGGAGGAUAUACUCAAGAGGAAAAAAAAUGGAAGGAAUAUUUCCACAGAUAAAAAGGAUUUCACUGAUAUUUUGAUUGAUAAAGGUUGUACACACCAACAAGUUAAUGCUUUGAUGCAGGAGCUAUUUUCGGCUGGCACCGAGUCUAUGGGUUCUACCACCGAGUGGUUAGUUGCAGAGCUUCUCAGAAACCAAGAGAUAAUGAAAAAGGUUAGUGAUGAAGUCAGGAAAAAGAUAGAUGGGAAUGUAGUCAAAGAGUCGGAUUUGGUUCAUUUUCCCUUUCUUGAAGCAUGCUUAAAGGAAACCCUAAGAUUGCAUCCUCCAGGACCACUUCUUCUGCCACAUAGAGCUACACAAACAUGUGAGGUGAUGGGAUACACGAUUCCAAAAGAUAGUCUAAUACUGGUUAACAUGUGGGCCAUCGGUCGUGAUCCAAGUAUCUGGGAUGACCCUUUAAGCUUCAAACCCGAAAGAUUUAUGGGAUCAAAGUUGAGUUAUAAAGGUAAAGACUUUGAAUAUCUGCCGUUUGGUGCCGGGAGAAGAAUGUGUCCUGGUGAAGCACUGGCUUCCAAGACAAUACUUACAGUCGUUGCUUCUUUGAUUCUAAACUUUGACUGGUUCCUUGUCGACAACAUGAAUCCUGAAGAUAUUAACAUGGAGGAGGUUUUGGAUGUAGCAAUGCACAAAAAAGAACCAUUGCAUGUAACUCUCAAGCUCCGAGAGCAGGUCAAGACUUUUUGAGAUCAUGAAACGGGUUCAAAAGCAAGGUAAUUCGGGAAGCUACUAUUUUGACGGCGGUGGUAGAGAUUAGUUUGAGUCUCUUCAAUUUUUGGGCUGCAAAUGAGAGGUUACGACUUCAACUUCUUGGUUAUUUUAACCACGGUGGUGGUGUUUUGUUAAAAUUUCUUGGACACUCUCAACUGGGGGUAGGGGUGUAAACGAACCGAAUCGAGCCGAAUACUAUCAAGCUCGAAGCUCGGCUCGACUAAAAUACUCGAGCUUGAAACUCGGUUCGAAUUCGACUUGAGCCUUGAUUUUAAGCUCGACCUUAGGCUCGUGAAAUAUUCGACAGUCUCGAGCUCGGCUCGGCUUGGCUCGACUAAUAUUAAAAGAAAACAAAAUCACUAAAUUGAUUAAGAAAUAUUAAACAUUCCACAUGUAAAUGUCCAACCUACUAUUAAUCACCUAAUAUCAAUAUAACAUCAACCAUAUAUGUCAUAAAUGAAUAAUUAUAAAGAAAUGACAUAUAUUUUAUAAAUGAACAAUUAUAAAGAAAUAGCAUAUAUAUAUAAAUUACACUAAGCUCGACUAAGCUCGCGAACCUUACGAGCUGAGUAUUUUUGUACUCGAGCUCGGCUUGAUAAGGUACUCGAGUAGCUCGAGCUCGGCUCGAUUAAGGUCGAGUCGAUUUCGAGUAUUUUUCGAUUCGGUCUCGAGUUUCUCACGAGUUGGCUUGUCUCACUUACACCCCUAAACUGGGGUGGUUUGAAGUUAUUGGUAGUGGUGCUUUUUUAAUUUUUUUGGCCACUAGUUGCCAUAAUCAUACAAGAUAUCUAUUUUGUUUUGGGGUUUUUGUCUCGGAGACCCAACAAAUUUUUA